AUGAGCGAAUCUAAUCCAACAAUCGACCCCAUCAAGCAACACAGCGCCGACCUCUCAAAAAACUCCAAUGACUCACCUUUCAACGUGUCAGUCCCUCUUUCACAGACGCCAGUCUUGUUGGACUCUUCUAACACCAGUAUUAUGGUUGAACAAAGUCCCUCUUUGUAUGCAUCUGCUCCUGCUCUUUCUGGGGUGACCAAUACGUCUACCACCCAGUCUCCCUCUUCGUAUACCCCAUCUACGCCUGGGCCUAUUGUGAUGCGUGCGCUCAUUAUAACCAGCGAUGCUAGUGUUAUAAUCGGAAAGCAAGGUCGCCACAUCAAUGAGAUUCGUGAACUUAGCAAUGCUCGAUUGAAUAUAAGCGAGAGUAUCCCGUCUAACCCUGAACGUAUUCUCACGGUUUCUGGUGCACUGGAUGCUGUGAGCAAAGCGUUUGGUCUCCUGGUUCGUCGGAUCAAUGACGAACCAUUCGAUCAGCCAUCGCUUCCAGGUUCCCGAGCUGCGUCCAUCCGGUUCAUUAUCCCUAACUCUCGUAUGGGCGCAAUUAUUGGUCGUCAGGGCAGUAAAAUCAAAGAGAUUCAAGAAGCCAGCGGUGCUCGACUACAUGCAGGUGAAACUAUGCUACCUGGUUCGACUGAACGCAUCUUGAGCAUUACAGGCGUAGCAGAUGCUCUUCAUAUUGCGGUAUACUAUGUGGGUGCCACUUUGCUUGAACAUCCAGACCGUGGUUCGAAUAACCUCCCGUAUCGGCCAGCUGCUGUAAACCGCGCCUUGACUCCCUCACUCGUUGGCUCGCCCCUGAAUUCCCCUAGUGCGAGUAUGCUCGCUUUAAGUGCAACGAACAGCCCCAAAGCUUUGGCGUCAGUUCUGACGCCGGGCUUGCAGACUCAACAAAUAUUUAUCCCAAACGACCUUGUUGGCUGCAUUAUUGGCAAAGGUGGUCAGAAGAUCAACGAAAUUCGUCAAUUGAGUGCCAGUCAUAUCAAAAUUAUGGAGCGUAACGCUGGCAUUGCAGCAGGUGGGAGCGGUUCAGAACGGUUAGUGACAAUCACAGGUCCACCACCCAAUAUUCAAAUGGCUGUCACACUUUUGUACCAACGUCUUGAGCAAGAGAAAAUGCGCCUGGCGCAUAGUUCUCCUGCCAUCUAG